AAGUCAUACUCUUUCAUUCCACGUGAUAUUUUUACCCUUUGGGGAUGCACUUUUUCAAGGGGGCUAAAACUCAGCCGUCCUAAGCAGCUGGCGAGCGGAGGGAAAGCCCCCCUUUUGUGGACACGUAUCUCGAGGGGUUCUCUGCGGAAAAAUGGCCGACCAGGCAAACCUCAAACUGCUGAAGAUUAAAAGUUCCAUCGCCAUAGAUGAAGCGAACUCCCCCGUUGUGAUCGACAGACAAGGGAUGGAAAAGACGUCCAAAUUAAAGGAACGAAAAAGGAAGAGAUACAAAACUCGCGUCAAGUGGGACCAGCGGGAGACGGAGCGCCUGAUCGACGGGAUAAACAAAUACGGAGUGUCCAACUGGCGCAAAAUUAUGGAGGCCUACUCCUUUUCGGAGAGCAGAACCAACGUGAGCUUAAAAGAUAAGUACAGGAACUUCAAGAAGGUGUUUAUCAUAGAGAAGGACUGAGUUGGUGAUGGCAGUGGUCUUCUGCAUAAAGCUAACACAGCACAGCGAGGUUACACCUUUAAAUGUCUCCGUGGUAUGCCCUCCCCCGUCGCAACCAUCAUGGUGUCCCUUUCCAUGUGUCUUCCCCCCAUCGAUCUGGAUUGUCUUCCCACACAUGCUUCGUCAUCCCUGUUAUUUAUUUAUGUGCGUUUCCACGUGGGGGUAAAUUGUACGCUCAGUGGAAGGCGUGACAGUGGGGAGGAAAAUACCCAACAAGUCACGCCUGCACUUGUGCGAAACGGAAAAAGGAGGAAACAAAAAUGAUCGACUGGUUGCAUGAGACUGG